GAAGAUGCUAAAGUUCAUCAGUCUUCUGGUUCCAUGUUUGGUCUGGGGAGCUGGAACAAUGCGAGAGAGCAUCCCAAUGCAAACUCUACACUGCUAUCCUGAUAACAACUCUCUUACAACUUGCACAUGGAUGGAAUGCUCAGAGGCUCAUCAAUUCCUGAAUGUGACUUUGAACUUUAACCACAGCCACGAAAAGAACAAAGAAAUGACCUGCGCAUUCCACAAAGGUGAAAACCACACUAAGUGCCAGAACUUCACAAUGCACUGGGUGUGUCAAAGCCAUCUGAGGGCAAGUAACAUAGAAAAGUACAAGUUUAAAGCUGACCUGAACCUGCAGGCAGAGCUAAAUGUCUACCUGUUUCAGAAUGUUCAGCCCCUUCCACCGCAAAACCUUUCAGUCAGAGAGAGUUCAGGAGACUUCUUGCUGACCUGGACAGCAGCUGAAGGAAGCCAAGGGCUGGGCAAUGCACUGGAGUAUGAAGUCACUUACAAGCGGGAGUGGGAGUCCUGGGAGAAGGCUGUGUCACGCUUGCUCUCCAACACCACACGUUGCCAUCUCAGCCACCUCAUGCCAGGGAGCCGAUACGUUGCCCGUGUGCGAGCCAGAGCAGAGCAGGCCAGAGGCUUCUCUGGGCCGUUCAGCGAGUGGAGCACGGAUGUGUCCUGGGAGACCCCUGAAGGCUGGGAACACAUUCAACCCAGAAACCUUCGCUGCCUUUUCAAUGGUGCAAAUCUUCUGACAUGCAGCUGGGAAGUGAAGAAGGUGAUCACCACCUCUGUCAUCUUUGGCUUGUUCUUCAGGGCCACUCCAGCAUCCACGGAAGAGGAGUGCUCUCCUGUGUACGAGAAGGCCUUGCCCCACAUUCCCUAUGUGGUGCAGAGCUGUGCGAUCCCUGUUAGCAACAUCAGCAGUCAGAGCCAGUACCACGUGUCUGUCCGGACCAAGACGGAGGAGAAACAGAUUGAAGCCUACAAGAACAUCAAGGUGCUACCCCCAACAAAUCUAACAGUGACAACGAAUAAAGAUGGAGAUUAUGAGCUGAGAUGGACAAAGCGUACACCUAGAAAACGGUGUUAUGAAGUGGAGUACUGGAAAACCAGCCAAAAAGAAAAGGUUACCAGAAUGACUAUCAAUGAUGAGCCUUACUUCCUACUGCGGGAGCUGGAGCCAUCCACAUCUUACACCAUAAAAAUGCGUGCAAAGCUGCAUGAUAGUGAGGGGCUUUGGAGCGAAUGGAGUGAGGAGUUCACCUGGAAAACCGACAGUGUUCUGUCACCAGUGCUUCUACCAGUGGUGCUGACAGCUCUCACCAUCACUUUGCUAAUAGUUACUUAUUACAGCUAUAAGUACUUCCUCAGGCAGAAGAAAUUGUGGGAGGAAAAGAUUCCAAAUCCUGGGAAGAGUCUGAUGAUCCAGAGCUACUUGGGGGCAAGAGGGACCUGUACCUUACAGGGUGCCCCUGCAAGUACAACAUGGAGUUAUUCUCAGGAAGCUGUCAGCCAACUGCCAGCCAGCCAGGUGGGCUUCAGUGGGCAGGACACUUCUGAGGGGGUGGAGGAGAUUAACUGCCUUCAAGUGCUGGAUGGGAUGAUUAAGAACAGUUCACCAGAGUUCUGUGGAACUAAGCCUGUGACAGAGAACGUUUCCCAUGGUACACUGGAUCUGCAAAUCUGUCAGACUUCUGAAGUGCCACAUAAAACCUCACUUUCGUCAGCUGCCCUUGUCAGCCCACUGAAUCAGAGUGCAGCAGCAUCUGGCCUGUUGGCCAGGCUUCCGUGCAAGAGUGCAGCUGAUGCAAGUACUGCUUCCCAGACAGCAAUCACAUGCUUCGCUUUCAAUGGUCCGUACUUGUACAGCCCAGCGAUGUCCUCCCAACCUGAGAUGCAUCAAACUCUUCAAGUGGACCCAGUGGGAAACCAAGAGAAAUCAGUGUCCCUUCAGGGGCAUGAGUCUGUUCCCAGGCAGCACGAGGCUACAGGAGCAGGUCCUCAGCAGCCUUUCCUGCUCCCAGACCAGAAGGAAAUGAUGUAGCACUUCAACAAUGAGAAAGAAGUCUCAACACUCCCUCCAGCCAGUGGGCAAGGCACGAAUGUGAAACCAGAAGAGCAGAAAUCUCCAAAGGCUCUUGGCUGUGUCAUGUCCCCUCACCAGUGCCCCUCAGAGUGUAUCACCACAGACCGCCUCUUGCUGCCAUCGGCCAGUGACUCCACACAUCUGCUUUGCCACCCCAGUGACCACUCUUGCCAUGAGUUUGCUCCUGGGAAAUCUGGUGUCACGGUCCCAGUUUCAGGUCAAGCCCCAGUCUUUUUUCCUGAAUCUCACCUGAAUGCAUUUGGGGACUACCUUGUUGUCCCUUCAGGUCUCCAUGGACCUUCAGAACCCACAAAAAAUGUCCUUACUUACUUCUUGAAAAUGAACCAAAUUUGUGAAGAACCUGUGUUGGAGAACAACAUAGUCAUGUUUAACCCUGGCACUACCAUGAUAGUUUUCCUCCACCGUGGGAAACUGCUACCUUGUUCCCUGCCUAAAAUCUAAUGAGAAGGUGCAAAUGAGUCAGAAAGAUCCCGUAGUAAAUAAGUGUUGGGCAUUCAUUGUAAGUUUCAGAUAGCUUAUACACAGUGGAGGAUCCAUCAGCAGCACAGAGUAAAAUGUACAGAGUAUUGAGGUCAUCCAGAUCUUCAGAAAACUGAAGGUAUUACAGAAAUGAAAGGAGACAGCUUUGU